AUGAAGGCAGAUAACCUCGCCCUCAAGGCCAUCUACUCCCGUUCUCUCAAGUCGGCCAAGGAGACGGCUGCCCUGAACACCCGCUCCGGCCAAGACCCGGACUUGUACUCGGCCGAUUCGGGAUCCGGCAGGUCGUUUGACGACCUUCUUGCUCGCGAGGACAUUGAAGCUGUUAUCAUCGCGUUGCCCAUCCCGAGCCAGCCCGAGCACAUCAGAGCUGCUCUCGCUGCUGGCAAGCAUGUCCUUGCCGAGAAGCCGCUUGCUCCCACCGUAGCUGAUGGCAAGAAGUUGAUCGAGUACUACCGUGGUCUAGGAGGCAAAGCUACCUUCUCGAUUGCAGAGAACUUUCGCUACAAGCCAUCGUUCGACUAUGCCGCUGCAGAGGCCUCCAAGCUCGGAAAGCUGCAGCACUUCAGUGUACGUGUGUUCUUCUACAUGAGCGAGGAUUCUCAAUGGUACGGCACCGCUUGGCGCGCAAAGCCCGAGUUUCAGGGUGGUUUCCUGCUCGACGGCGGAGUGCACUUCUCUGCAGCGACACGACAGCUCCUCACAGAUCCAGCAGUCGAUGUGACAGCCUUCACGACUCAGACACAACCUCACCUGGCACCAAUCGACACCGUGAACGCAGUGAUCCGACUCAAGGGCGGUGUAAGUGGCACGUACCAGCAGUCCUGCGGCUCCAAGAUGAGCACCUCAGUAUUCCAAUUCGGCUACGAGAAGGGCUCCGUGGUGGUCGACGGAGAUAAGGUAACCGUUAAGCCGUGGGAUGGUGAGCCUGCUGUGAAAGAGUUUGAGAGGACCAGCGGUGUGACGGAGGAGGUUGAGGCGUGGGCGAAGGCGUUGGCUGAGGGAAAGCCGGAUAAAAGGCAGAGCGUUGAGGAGGCGUUGGCGGAUCUCGAGUUUUUGGAGUUGAUGUUUGAGAGUGGCCUUAAUGGAGGGCAGGCUAAGAAGUAUGAGUGUCAGUUGUGA